AUGCGCUUUACUUCUGCUUUCCUGGUACUCGCAGCCGCCAUCGGCGCCGCCGCAGAAGGUGCUAUUGGCAUUACGGUGUGCGAUGGUGCCAACUAUGCUGGGGACUGCAUUGACAUUCAAGUCUACCUUCAGCACCAAUGCUACAAUUUGAACGGCACUCCCGUCUCAGGCAACGUCCGGUCGGUUAAAAUCCCUAACGGGUACCGCUGCCGCUUCUGGACGUCAACCGUAUGCAAUGGCGGCGGUACAGGCGAUAUCCAGUACCCAGGUCAGGGUUCAACUAGUCCGCCGAGCGUAAAUUCUGUCAAGUGCUACGCGGACUAG